GGGAAGCUUCUUUAACAUGAUGUCACACAUUUGAAAACAGGCGGCAAUCAUAGCAAUGAGGCCCCUCUCUCUUCUUCUGCCAUGUCUUGCAGUGCUCCUAAGCUAUGUCGCAAUGGGAGAAGCGAGCGGCCCGAUCAUCUCCUGCUGUCUGAAGACCAGCAGUACCCGAGUGCGGCUGCAGCUGCUGCAGUCCUACAGGCUUCAGAACAGUGCCAUGUGUCAGGGGCUGAGUGCAGUGAGUUUUAUUACUAUGAAAGGAGUCACCAUUUGUUCAGAUCCUUCAACGCCUUGGGCCAGAAAAGCCAUAUCUUUCCUUCAGAAAAAGCACAAGUCUCAAUCCCCGAACCAAGUCUCCAUGCCACAUGAUCCAACAAAGUUGGGACCAACCAAACUGGAUUCACACUGAUUGCCACCUUUUGGACACUGAAUUUGUGCGCUUCUGUUCACAUUAUGCACAUUUCUGGAGCACAAUUU